CCCCGCGCGCCUCUGAGCCAAGAUGGCGGCCUUCCCCUCAGCUUUGGCCGGCGUCGGGCUGAGGAAGACGCUGCUGGUCCUGCGAGCGGUCGGGCGGCCGAGACGGCCCUGGCAGGCGGCCUUGCUGAGACAUGUUUCAGGUAAAUCCAAUUCUGCAGACCUGAAGUACCCAGGGAUUGUUGAGUCUACUGAGGAAUAUAAAUUUGUGGAGAGGUUGAUACCACCUACCACAGUGCCUGUACCACCCAAACAUGACCAGUAUCCUACACCUUCUGGAUGGAGACCACCACAAGAUCUGCCUCCUGAUCUUUCCUACUUUGUACGGCGGUCACGUAUGCACAAUGUACCUGUGUACAAAGAUACUUCUUAUCGUGGAUCCAGGAAGAUGACUAUUAUCAGGAAAAUUGAAGGUGAUAUCUGGGCCCUAGAGAAUGAUGUGAAGGGCUUCCUCACGGAAUUGUCCGGACAAACGCCAGCAACCCAAGUCAAUGAAAAUACCUGUAGCAUCCGUGUCAAGGGCUAUUUUGAACAGGAACUAAAGACGUGGUUGAUGGACAAAGGCUUUUAAACAAAGGAUAGCAGAUGUGU